CGAUGACGUUUCGCGCUUCGAAGUCAUCCCUUUUAGCACAUUCGCGGAAAGCUCCCUCGCCAGUCUGCGCCGCGUGCUUUCAUUUGAUUCACAAGAACCAGUCCGUUCUUGACGUUAGUGUUAAAUAUUAACUACAAUCCUAGUAAAAUAAAUAAAUCCAAACUACAAAAUGGGAGUUCCAGCUGGUGAUGUUGAAAAGGGCAAGAAGAUUUUCGUUCAACGGUGCGCCCAAUGCCACACCGUAGAAGCCGGUGGCAAACAUAAGGUCGGUCCCAAUCUAAACGGUCUCAUUGGACGUAAAACAGGCCAAGCCGCUGGUUUCGCCUACACAGAUGCCAACAAAGCGAAAGGCAUUACAUGGAAUGAAGACACUCUCUUUGAGUAUUUGGAAAAUCCCAAGAAAUACAUCCCUGGAACAAAGAUGAUCUUUGCCGGCCUGAAAAAACCACAAGAACGCGCCGAUCUCAUCGCUUACCUCAAGGCUGCUACUAAGUAAAGUGGGUGGUAGAGUAACAUCUAAAUUAAAUUAGCGUAAACGAAUGAUGUGAAAGUAAAUUAAAAUGAAAGCAAAACCAACUGCCCCGCAACAUUUAAAUUAUUAAACGAACUUGGUCAAUAAAUUCGAACCUACCAUUUAUAGGAAAUUUUACAAAUAUUAUGAAAACAUAGUUUAACUCCAAUUACACUUUGAAUUACUUGUGUGUUACCAAUAACGACAGUGGACAAUGUUAAAGUUAUCAGGGCAUAAUGAGGCACCGGAAACGUAUGUAGUAGUAUUAUAAAUUAUAAACGUCUCCUGUUAAGUUCAAUAACGGGUAAAUAACGAAAAGUGGAUCCGUUUGAGUUUGUGACUAGCGAAAAUAUCAUGUGAACACACACAAACAAACCAUUACAUUUAUUUUAUUUAUCUUAUUUUUAAGAUAAUUAUAACAGAGAAAAGGAGAAAUAAAUGUACGACAGACAUCUAA